UUGAAGGUGAAGGUACGAACAGGCUGGGAUGAGGUCGAUGCCAGCAACCAAACUCGGCGAGUAUCGGAUGGUGUUGAAAUUAUUGAAUUCCCUAAGGUACUGUUGAAAACAAUUCGUGAUUCUAAGAAUCAGCCAGUAAAUUGGGAUGGCGAAGAGAUAACUCCGUUGCCAUACAAUAUGUUAACACAGCAAAGCCUGGGCGAUAAGUCAAUUGCGGAUGUUGUGGAAGCACUAAUUGGUGUACAUUUGUUGGAGUUGGGACCAGCCGCAACACUGAAGUUUAUGAAGUGGCUUGGCCUAAAAGUGCUCACAGAACCCGUUCAAAUACAACCACCGCUUUUGCGAAUUAUUGAUACGAACGAUAAGGUUAGCUUAUUCCUCUGA